GAGUAUAAAUAUCCAGGUUUUUCAGCGUCUUGGAUCAGAUACGGAAAGGUUUCCACCAUGAGAGCCAGUUUGAUUUUUGCUGCAGUCCUUCUUGUUGCGGUCGCCUUCGCUUCAGCGAAGAGCAUCGAAGAUCCUGAACAAUUGCACAACCUGGUAAGAAGAGAAACAAUAUUCGUGAAGCCUCCUCCGGGAUGUAUCUUCUACGAAUGCAUCGGGAGAUGUAAACAGCGCGGAUACAAGAACGGCGGAUACUGCACCAUCAACGGAUGCGUUUGUCUUUAACACUCAAUUAUGCCAAAAAGUUACAAAGCUCAAAAAGAAACCACUCAAAUUAGCCAGCCAUACAUUACUGUAACACUGCGUGUAUUAGGAACGCGCCAUACUGUCGCACCUACUAAAUGAAAUAUGAUUUCAAAAACACGGUUCGAUUUAUCAAAUCGACGCCACGCUUUAGGCAAUAAGCAAUUAAACUGACAUUACUUUUUUCUGAGAUCUACAAGUCUAUUUUCAGUUUGUUUCUAUCACUUGGCCAUAUAUUCCGUCACAAUCCUCAAAAUAGCGAGAGCUAUUGUCAAACUAUUCUCUAAAAGCAUGGUUUUCAUAUAGUACCUAAUUGAACAAUCUAUUCACUAAAACCUAUGAACACCAAUACCAAUACGUCAAGUGUAGUAGACUAUGGCAAUUAGAUAGAUACCCAACAAAAGCACUUCCUAAACAUCUUUGGAGCUAAUCUGAUGUAAACAGUGAUGUACCAUAGUAUUAUUAUAUAUUAAAGAUUCUAUAAAUAUUAUACUGUCUUAUUAUGAAACUUCACGUGCCUAAACCUCGUUUUUAUUAUGGAAUUAUGAAUUCUUAUAUAAGAAAUAAUAAGGACUAUAAAUACGUAAUCAAUGAAAAUAAAUGUUAUCGUCCUCAGGUCAUUACCCUCGCUGAUUAAUUAAUGACUAAACGACAUUAUACUUUCUUACGAUAAAUAGUGAUUUUACAAAACUCUGAUAAAAACAUGAGGAGAAUGAUAUACUUCUACACAUAGUGAACUCAUAUUGUGUGACGUAAUUUUCUUGUAUUUAUACAAUAAAUAUGUUUUAGAUGUUA